AUAUAUCUCAUACAACAUUUCUCUACAUUGCCUGCUUUCGCUUCAACUCAAUACCUCUUCGAUGCAUUUAUCUCUCUAUCUACACACACUUUGACAGCAUGAAUUCUAAACAACUUGAGCUGCCCAUAUCUAUCAGCACCGACAUUUUAGAGAACAAUCCUAAAUUUACCUCUAUUUUAGAAGACCUGGUGAAUAACCAGAUUACGCAGUGUGGCGGCAGUAAAGUUCUACACGAUGAACUGUAUAGCUUGACCUCCGAAGUGACCAAGGCAAAAUCAUCUUAUUUGCAAAAAUACACCUUAUAUAAUGAGCUCAAAUGUAUUUUGAUGAGCCACGAGACGAGUUCUUUAUCCAUUCUUUCCGAGGAACCAGACUAUGUGGAAGAACUGAAUCAAAUAAGGCGGGUUUUGCUUCGAGAGGAGAGUCAGUAUCACGUCCAUGAGCUUAACUCUAAGUUCAUUGAUUUUUUAUUAUCAGAAAGCGCCUAUACACAAAAUCUAUACUCCCUAGCACAACGCAUACCAGAAAAUAUACGCCAUUCUUGCACCUUACAUUGUAUAGAUAAUGUGAAUACCGAAGGAAACGCUGACACUUCACAGUCAACUCCUGUGCUUGGCAUCUUACCAAAAGAGGUCACCUUUGCUGCCGAUGCUCGCGUCAAUUCUAUUCGUUCUGUCCUCAAUGAGUUGCGACGCAGGCUUGAGACAAGAUUUUCUGACUUGAAGGAGUUCUAUGAUCUUGAAUAUGACUCUGAAACUACAGAUGACAACCUAAGCGUCCUUGAGAAGUUUUCUCAGUUUAACAUGGAUAUUCUUCAAUCCAGGCAGAAACGGGAUGAAAAAAGACUAACUGUGAAAAUUUCUAAAAUUAGAGCAGAAAGGUUUCAUAUUGACAGUCUUCGCACUGUUUUAGAAAUUCAAAGCAUGGGCCGCAAGUUAGAGCAUUACAAAGUUUAUCAAAAACAAUUUGAUGAAGUUGAAUUGGAUUGGCUACAUCUAAAACUUGAAACAGCAACCAAAAAACUGUUGCUUCUAAAAGAACAAAUUAUCGGUGAAACCUAUACUCCUGGAGCCCUGGCUGCAUUGAGGCAGAUAAGGUCACACCUCAUUGAAAAGAAAAAGGUAGUGCAACAGGAGUACGAUGAAGUAAGCAAGCAAUUAGAACAAUAUGAAAAUCUGGGAGAGACAUUCGUUCAACUAGCCAGCGAGUAUAGAAAUAUCACGGAGCAGCUAGAAAACAAGAAAUGGGCAAUUGAACAGCUCAAGCAAAAUUAAGAAUUCUGGCUAUAUAACGAAUUGUUCAAGCGAAGCUUUCUUAAUAUCUAGGGAAGUAUAUUACACAUCAAAUGGCAAGACAAUAUGUUUUUGUGUUUUUCAUUGAAUAGGCAUGCGAAUGUUAAAUAAUCUAUUUGUUUUUAUUGUUUAGACAAUUGUGUUUGCAGAAGAAGCAAUUUUUGGCCAGAGAUCCGCACAUUCUUUAGCUACAGGGCCAGUGAUUUGAGACCCCUUCAUUUCUCCUUUUGAAUUUAUAAUAACACCAGCAUUGUCUUCAAAAUAUAUAAAGACACCAUCUUUACGGCGCCAUGUUUGACGUUGGCGGACAA